GCCGCCCAGUCGCAGCCGCAGCCGCAGCCCUGGGCCCCUAGCUGCAGCUGCAGCUGGAGCUGGAGGCGCGCCCUCCGCAGACGCCUCGCUGCAGCUGCCUGCCUUGGGGCCAGCCGUCCCUUUGCAGCAGCGACAGCGCACCCUGCAGGUGGUGGGCGAGCCGCUGGAGGUGCGCAGCUCUGGAGACAGCGCCCUGCUGGACUCGCUGCGCGCGCUGCACGCCAUGGACAUCCCGCCGCCGCCCAGGGAGCGCGGCCGCGGCUCGCCGCCCAGGGACGCGCCGGCCGGUGGUGAGAAGGAUCGUGAGCUGGCCGAGGAGGUUCAGGAAUCGGUUGCGAGGGCGCAGCACCAUCGCCAGCUACCGCAGCAACGGGAGGAGUCCCCGCUGAGUGCCCGCGAGCUGCAGCUACUGGACUCUGGAAGAGACGAUGGACUGCCUCUGGACUCUAGCAAGGAGCGCGACCUGCUCCAGAUGUUGGCACCCCUGUCGCCGGCAGAGCGGGAGCGGCUGCUGUUGGACUCGCUGCGAGGCUCCGGCAAGUUCCGCUGGGGCCGGCGCCAGCAGGAGCAGGUGUCUCCGCCGCCACACUGGGGCUACGAUGCCAGGGUCGCCAACCGCGCGCACAGGGACCGCGAAUCCCCCAGCUCGCCACUCGAUCCAGGCUACGUGCGGCACGCGGCGUCCAACUGGCCGGUGACGCCGCCAUCUGGCUCCCGUACGCCGCGCACACCGUCUCAGUCGCCCUCUGGCUCCGAGUCGUCCGGCUCUCCGCCCGCGGCGGGCCAGACCCCGGGGGCUGCAGCGGGGGCGGCGCAGCGACGACGACGAUGA